AUGCGCUUAAAGAGAACCACAAAGUUUGAAUAUGUAACGCUGUCUGCCAAUUUCCCCAAGUACAAUGGCCACAUCCACGAGGCUUCCUUCAGGGACCGCUCUCUGUCCCCCUGGAUCUACAAGAAGGACUUUGAUGCCAACCGCUAUCCUUCUUCCAUCGACAAGGCAGAGUGUGUGAGCAAGCAAUGCUUCAACAUUCGUGGCUUCAAGGAUCCAGAUCUGAACACCCGUCUGGUCAAGCAGGAGAUGCUCGUCCUCAGGAAGAAGAAGUCACGUGACGACAAGAUCAUUUACCACGUGGAGAAACUCUUGGUCCCUGUUGCUUGUGUCUGUGUCCGUCCGGAGGUCGUGCAUGCCUGA